AGCACGGGCAGCAUAGACUCUGCUGCUGCCGCCUGAGAUGGCAGGGGAGCAGCGGGCAGGAGGGAAAGGAGAGGCCGGGGAUCCGCCCGAGGCCCCCGUACGUGUCCUGCAGAGCCUGCGAGUGAAGAUCUGUGAGGCCAAAAAUCUGCUGCCUUAUCCAGGACCAAACAAGAUGAGGGAUUGCUUCUGCACGGUUAAUCUGGACCAGGAGGAGAUCUUUAGGACCAGUGUUGUUGAAAAGUCUCUCAACCCGUUUUAUGGAGAAGAUUUUUACUUUGAAAUCCCGAGAACAUUCCACAAUUUAUCCUUUUACAUUUACGAUAAAAGUCUUUUACAGCGAGACCUUCGAAUAGGAAAGGUUGCCAUAAAGAGAGAGGAUUUGUGCAGGUACUAUGGUAAAGAGCCCUGGUUUCCACUUCAGCCCAUAGAUUCUAACUCAGAAGUACAGGGAAAGGUCCACCUGGAGCUGAAGCUAAAUGAGCUGAUUACUGACAAUGGAUCCGUGCAGCAGCUUAUGGUACAUAUUGUAGAAUGUGAGGGGCUACCUCUAGUGAAUGGGCAGAGCUGCGAUCCAUAUGCUUCUGUGUCUCUUGUUGGACCAGCUCGAAUUGACCAGAAGAAAACCAAAGUGAAGAAGAAAACGAGUAAUCCACAAUUCAAUGAAAAAUUCUACUUUGAGGUGACAAGGUCAAGCAGCUACACUAAGAAGUCCCAGUUUCAAGUAGAGGAAGAAGAUAUUGAGAAACUUGAAGUAAGAGUUGACCUGUGGAACAAUGGAAAUCUUGCUCAGGAUGUGUUUCUUGGAGAGCUAAGAAUUCCAGUGAGAGUACUGAGGAGCGACUCGUCCCACCAGGCCUGGUAUCUGCUCCAGCCCAAGGACAAUGGCAGCAAAUCAUCAAAGUAUGAUGAUCUGGGAUCGCUGAGGCUAAGCAUCUGUUAUACAGAGGACUACGUGCUGCCUUCAAAUUUCUAUAACCCACUUAAAACCCUGAUGAUGAAAUCACCCGAUGUUCAGCCCAUCACUGCCUCAGCUGCCUUCAUCCUGGGAGAGAUUUGUAGAGACAAGAAUGAUGCCAUCCUCCCUUUAGUCCGGCUCCUUCUUCACCAUCAGAAAUUAGUGCCCUUUGUGACAACUAUUGCACAGCUCGACUUGAACGACACUCAAGAAGCCAAUACAAUCUUCAGGGGGAACUCUUUGGCCACCCGUUGUAUAGAUGAGACCAUGAAGAUUGUUGGAAACCAUUAUCUGAAAGUAACCUUGAAGAAUGUCAUAGAUGAGAUAUGCGACUCUCCCAAGCCCUGUGAGAUAGACCCCAACCGACUGAGGGAAGGGGACAAUAUCGACAAUCACAAGGACAAUCUAAGAAAUUAUGUGGACAAGGUCUUCUCAUGUAUAGUGAAAUCCAGCAUGAGCUGCCCCACCCUGAUGUGUGACCUGUUCUCCUCACUACGACACAUGGCUGUUAGACAUUUCCCUAAUGACCGCCAUGUACAGUACUCAGCUGUCAGCAGUUUUGUCUUCUUGCGAUUCUUUGCUGUGGCUGUUGUGUCUCCUCAUAUCUUCCAUUUGAGAUUCCACCAUCCAGACACACAGACAUCUCGGGUGUUGACACUCAUAUCAAAAACCAUUCAGACUCUGGGAAGUGUUGGCAGUUUGUCAAAAAAUAAAACUUCCAGCUUCAAAGAACCAUUCAUGUGUGAUUUCUACAAGAUGUUCGAGGAAGAAACCUACACAGCAGAUGUCAAAAAGUUUUUAGAGGAAAUUUCCUCCACUGAAAGUAAAGAGCCAAGUGGAAUGAGUGAAUCGGUCAUACUUAAAGAAGGUGAGAUGUACAAGCGAGCUCAGGGCCGCACUCGGAUGGUAAAGAAGAGCUUCAAUAAGAGAUGGUUUUCUCUAACAAGUCGAGAGUUUACCUACCACAAACAUAAAGAUAAAGAGCCAGUCUUCCGCAUCCCUAUUAAAAGUAUCCUGGCUGUUGAGAAGCUGGAUGAAAGUGCCUUCAGUAAAAAUAAUAUGUUCCAGGUGAUUUAUGGUGAUAGGCCCCUGUAUAUACACGCCAGUAACUGUGUUGAAGCCAAUGAAUGGAUAGAGGUGUUGGGCAGAGUGAACAGACGAAAUCAUAGAAGACUCAGCAAAUACCACCCAUCUGCUUUUAUAAAUGGGACCUGGCUGUGCUGCAAGGCAUCUUCCGAGAGCACUGAAGGCUGCAGCCCCUGUACUGUAGGUGCUCCAGCUGACGUGGCGCUAGAUAUAGAUGGAGAUCGCGAAUGUGAAAAGAUCUAUUCUCUGUUUAGCACAAACAUGUCAAAACUGCAGACGAUGGAAGAGACCUGUGCGAGCAUGGCUGUGUAUCAGGGUCCACAGGAACACAGUGAUUGUCACUUCACUAUAGAGGAUUCGGUGGAAACUUUCAAGACCCUCCAGCAGAUUAAAGCCAUCGUGGAGAGGCUGAAUGAACCUCACGAGGAACACAAGAAAGGGUCUACCAGUGCAAAGUAUGGCAGCCAAGAGAAUCCAAUUGUGGGAAAAGGAUCAUAGCAUCAUGGGCAUCUAGAACUGGAAGAAAGCCUUGCCAGAUGACCAUUUGGAGCUUUGUAACCACUUGGCCGGAUCCUCUCAAAUUUUCAUUAUAGGAAAACUUUCAAUGACAUUUGGAUGUCGUGGCUGAAAGUAGGGAAGAGUGAUGAGGUGCCAGUAUCUUAUAUCAGCCAGGGAUAUUGAGAAUACAUGUGAUGACCUUCAUACUGCGGGCAGUACUUUGCAUAGUACAGAUACUGCCUUUAAUUUCUCAAGUCACAUUCCCCGGGGGUCGCACUUAGUGUAUUCCUGGCCUGGCUACGGUGACCUAGCUGUGUUAGGACACACCACUCAAUGGAAAAUCAAGUCAAGUGUGCUCAGCACUGUACAAUUAUACGAGGUUCUGUCAAAACCUUAGGGCGCGCUGGAGGAAAAGAGUUACCAGUUUAAGAAGACGUGGCAGAGUAAUAGUGGAGGAAUCGGUGAAGUAACCACACUAGACUUUAACACCCGUCUCAGAACUAAGCAAAUCAGGGACUGGUUUCCUUUUAGACGGUACAAAUUGUUUUGAUUGGCGUUUUUUUUUCUUUUGUUAAAUUUCCUUUUUCUUCCAUUUUUUUUUUUUUUUUUACUAAAAACAUUAGAGUAAACCCAGUAAAACUGUACCAGCCCAGUGCCACAAAGUUGACUCUUCAUAACCAUACGUGAAUUUAUGGAUUAACUUGGCCCUUGUAUUAUUCAGGUAGCUAUAUUCACCACCACUAGCAACAGACUUUUUCUUCAGACUACUGAGAGAUUCUUUAAGGGCCACAAGAGGCCUCUAGAACGUCACUGAGGUUUCCUGUGGUAGUUGGUAGUGGUAGAUCUUUCUGAAGACCUCAAUACUAAAUACAUGUGAGGUGGAGAGUAUUUGAACAGAUGAAAUCAGGCAUAUUUUUAUAGUUAUAAAUAAUUAGGUUAUCAGAAGAAUGUCAGUAUUUAAUACAUAUACAUCCUAAUCAAAAGCCGUGCUCUGUAACCAGAACACUCAGAAUGUAAAACUUACAUUUUUGUGUGUAUAGGUGUGUCUUUCCUUACUUUUUUCCUUGGGUCAACAUAUCCUGAAAUAUCAGUAGUAAUAAGUUAGAGCAACAUGAUCUGAUUGGCUUUCGCAAUAAGAAUAACUUGUACAAGGAAUCUCUGGCAUUAAGUACUGGUGACUCAUGCUUCAGUCAGCAUAAUCAGUUUGAAGCAUGAGUCACAAGUACUUAAAGGGGUUGUCCGGGUUAUAUAACUCCAUUUUCCCCCCGGAAGCCCCCCUGACUUGAGCAUCGGAGAAGUUCAUGGUCCGAAGCUCUC